UUAAAAACACAAAACUGUCAAAACCUCCACCAUCUCUCCAUCCAUAUUUCAACAGACAGACCACAAGAGUAAAGUCAAAACAAAUCGCGAAUAUGAAAUUUUUGACGUGGCAUGUUAGUUUAGUCAUUCUUGCGACUUUUUGCUUAUUUUCAAAUUUAUCAAUAAAAACCGCCGCCCAGGAGAUUCACAAGCCAUGGUAUGAAAAUCUGCCAGCUGUUGCAAUGGACUACAAGGUCCAUCUGGACGCAGGAAAAGAGGAUUGCUACCAUCAAUAUGUCCAGCCCGGAGCAACUUUCUAUGUAUCUUUCAGUGUUGUACGUGGUGGCGAUGGAAUGGCCGGAUUUGCUGUUCGGAAUCCAGCAGGAGUCAUAGUAAAGCCGUAUCAGUGGCUACCCACAGCCGAUUACACAGAUCAAACCUCACCAGGCGGCUACUAUGGGGUGUGCAUCGAUAACCAGUUCUCUAGGUUUGCCAGCAAGCUCGUUAACAUCUACAUAACUGUGGUUAAGUACGACGCCUGGGAUAAAUACGCCAAGGAAAUCGAAGCCUUGCAACUGAAUAUGCAGAACUUUACGCAAACCAUUGGUCUCGUUGAGAGGAACAUCAACGACAUGUUGUCGUAUCAAUCGUUCAGCAAAAACCGAGAGGCCCGCGACUAUGCUCUCUUAUUGGACAACAAUCAAUACGUUCAAACUUUCUCCGUCAGCCAAAUUCUUGUGAUACUUGCAACUUGCUCAGUUCAGGUUUAUUUUGUGAAGAAAUUGUUUGAUAUUAAGUCGGGUUCUUCAAGAAGCCGCAUCUAAAAGUACUGAAAGCAUUUUAUUUAAAUUUCAUUCCUUUUUUCAAGAUUAAGCUAACACAGAGGAGAUUUUAUAUCUGUGAGAUAUUUUUUCUAAUUAUUAUAAAAAGAGAGGAGAGAAAACUUUUGUUUUUUCCGCACCCAGAGCAAGCCAUGAAUGUGACGAAAUAAAUUAUACCUAUCAUUCCAAAUGACUUAUGGCACGUUACUUUAAUAA